AGGAAAACUCAAAGCUAAAUCUGAGGCCUGUCAGAUUACAAAGAGGAACAUAUGAAGACAGACACGGACACACUAAAUAAAAAAGCGUGUCGUUUGCAAGGAAACUCAUCAGACAUUUUUAAAAUCUGUGGUUUAGGUAUGCCUGUGGACGUGGAGAAGAUUAUUCAGUUUAUCAAACAAGGCGACCAGGACAACGUUCAAAUACACCUGGAUGAUUACAACACUGAGAACUCACAAUGUUUCUUUUUUGAUGUGGAAGAAAGAGAGAGAAGAAAGCAAAGAGAGCUGGAAGAGUUCCGCCGGAAUAAAGUGAGAGAGUGUGUUCCAGACUCUGACUCAGAUUUUGACUCUGAUGAGAAUGAGGAUCCAGACCUUGUUCUGCGGAGGAGGCUUGCUGCAGCUCUGAUCUGGUUUAUCCGCAUGCGUCUACAGCCAGGCGUUUUAAGAGUGUGUCUGCGAACUCUGCGAAUUAUCUCACGAGAUCGAAAGGCCUUGGCACCCCUGAUCACGGACUAUGCCAUUCUAACUCUUGCUCGACUUGGGGGCAUCUCCGCCCUCCCGACCUGGCCUGAAGAAGAGGAGGCAGAGUGGGGCUCCUCCCACAGUGACAUCGCCUCUGAAAAUGAGACAGAGACACAUCCAGAUAAUAAUGGCAGCAAUACACACCAUUCAACAUGUUACAGGGAAGGAGAUGAUUCUCCCUCCUGUGUCUGCGUCUCUGCAGCCUGUGCUGAGUCUUUGGACAGUGAAGGAGGUGUGCAGAAUAUAACAUCUAACUGUAAUAUUGGGAGAGAAACACAAAACGACCACUAUGAUGAAAACGUAAGGAAAGAUGGUGUCUGUGGACUGUUGACAAGAGGAAAGAGGGAUGUUAGAGGAGAAAAGGAUGAGGAGGGAGAGGAGGGGUAUGAUGAUGGAGAGGUCUGGAGGAAAGAGGCGAUGAAGGCCUUGUGCAAUGUUAUCUACAACAGCCCCAAAGCACAGGAGAGAGCCAGCAUCCUGAGGUUGCUACACGGCCUGUCAGAAAGACUUAAAGACGGUAUACAUACCUCAUCACCUCCGGGCGGUCAGUUUUAUGAACUGCGGCUUCUCUUUCUGUUGACUGCUUUACGGCCUGAGCUUAGGAUAGAGCUUCGCCAGGAGCGUGGCGUGUCCAUGCUGACUGCUGCUCUGGAACAGUGUUUAGAAGUGCGCUGGGGUGAAAUGCAUGAGGUGCUGACUGACCUCACUGCACCCCCUAUGUGUAAGGAGGUGACUCAGCGUGCCCUUGAGAUUCUCAAGACCCUGUUCAACAUUACCUACAGUGUGCAGAGACAGGAAGUAGAUGAGGAGGCUGCAGCUUUGUAUCGUCACCUAGCUGCAGUCCUGCGUCACUGUCUGCUCGUGCCCUGUGAGGGAGAGGAUAGAAAAGAGGAGCUGCAAGGACACACAGUAAACGUGCUCUCAGCGCUUCCUCUGCAGUGCCUGGAUGUUCUGCUAUCUGUUCGCCUGUCUGAAGGUUCGAAGGAGUCUGGUGGAGUCAACAUGGACUGCGUUCACACUCUGCUGCUCUUCAUGGAGAAGAGACUUGACAGAGGCCAUAAGCUGAAGGAAAAGUUGGCUCCAGUGUUGAACCUGUUGACUGAGAGCAGCAAAGCACACAGGGAAACUAGGCACUACCUCAGACAGCAGAUCCUACCUCCACUGAGAGACGUUGAGAUGAGGCCUGAGCAGGGGGACACAUUGAGGAGCAAACUAGUGCGACUAAUGACCCAUGUUGACACUGAUAUCAAGCACUGUGCGGCUGAGCUUCUCUUUGUGCUCUGUAAAGAAAAUGUGAGCAGGUUUGUGAAGUACACCGGUUACGGUAAUGCAGCAGGGCUGCUGGCGGCACGGGGUCUUAACGGCCGCGGCCCCUCUCCUCAACCGCAGUACUCAAGUGACUCUGACUCAGACACGGAGGAGUACAGACAGGCCAAGGACAGGAUUAACCCUGUGACAGGACGAGUGGAGGAGGAACAGCCUGAUCCAAUGGAAGGAAUGACUGAAGAAGAAAAAGAGGCAGAGGCGCUCAGGCUCAUAAAUAUGUUCAACAGGCUCUCACGGGGCAAAAUCAUUCAGCCAAUGGGAGUGACAACGGAUGGAAAACUAGCGCCGCUUUGUGGCCAGACGAGGCACAGCGCUGUGCAGGAGGAAGACGAAGAAGAGGAAGAUGAUAGUGAAACAGAGCAGUAACGAUGACAAGAUGAUGAUUAAUGAAAAACAGCUGCAUUUCAUACUACUGACUGUUAUAGCGCUGAAACAAUAUUAAUAAUAGAGCAACUAAAAAUCCUAUAAGGAAAAUAAGUUAAUGUUCAUUUAAUGAGUUGUAAAUAUGAAACGUGAAAGAAAAUUAUAUUGAGACAGAAAACAGAAUAAACAAAACUCUAUGAUGUGCAGAAAAGAAUAAGGAAGGCAAGUAAUACUGAUACUAAUUUAUAACAUACACAAAAUAGCGUAGAAUGCAAUAAUUGUUGAGAGUCACGAAAUAAGCUAGAAAACGUAAAAUAGUAAGCUACUAAGAAGCAAGGGAGAAAGAAAGAGACAAAGAGAGACAGCCAUCACACCAAAGACAGACAAACACUCCUGGAAAAUGCUGCUGGUGUUGCCAUGGUUAUGUUACCAUGGUAACAACAGGAAAUGCAGUUCUACGGAUUCUCUUUUUUCGCGCUCUAGCAGGAGUGGAAUGUUUACCUUGAAGAGAACGGCUGAGGAUGAAUCGAACGCUCUGCACCGAGAACGUCGAAUAAAAAGAACGCCGUUAUUUAAAAUCCUGAAGGAAAUGUUUUCAUUUACAGAACGAUUAGUAAACUUUGAACCUAAUUAGAAUAUUUAGAGCAGAUAGUGCUUGAUUUGCAAUGUAUUUCCCUCCACGAUAUCAUUGAUACCCGUAUGUAAGCAUGUCUGAACAA